AUGGCAGAUUUUCAUCUUACUCAGACCGUAGCGGACGCUUUCAACGCGCUUGCGGAUGAGGUUCAGGUUUUGACGGACCGAAAGACAAUUCUCGAGCAUAAGCUGCGUUUUGCGCACGAGCAGUUCCAGUACUUGGCCGAUAAAUAUGCGCCCGCUACACCAGAGAUAGCCGAGACUUUGGCAAAGCUCCAGCUCCCAGCACACACCUCUGUCGAUGAUACUUUGCCCGUGCCUCUUCCUAAGCAAAGCUCUCUGCAGUCCCAGCACCAGAUUGCUCUCAUCAUUCGUGACGGACGCCGCGCUGCAAACAAACUGGUCGCCUCCUUGGGUGAAGCCAGUAAAACCACAGCAUCAUCCAGAGACACGCUGUCUCAAACCUCCCACGUAGAAACCUCCAUGUCGACUGCUCUGGAACAAGAUUUCACCGUUGAGGGGAAGAAAGGCAACCUGCAGUGUCCCUUUGCUAAGGAUGCCGCUGCUGGUGCCGACCAAGACCGGGAGCCUGAAACCGGCCCGGACUUGGCCCCAGAUCACACUGAAGACCCUAUUUGUGUUGCCAUGUACGAAGAAGAGACGUCUCAGCAAGGCGCCGUAAACGGAACUCAGGCGAGCAAAUGCCCUAUCCGAUUCUUAGACAAACACUCCCCAGAGGAGAUUGCUCAUUAUGUUGAAACGCACAAGCACGAGCUGCCUCGCAGCCACGAGGUCUGCGUGCGGAGAUAUCAGCGCAACGAAGAACAGAUUAGGAAAUUGGAUGCAAAGUAUGGAAACAUUGUGAGCAUGAUUGAAGACCUGAGCCAUCUCCACAAGCCGAUGCUGCCUGACGAGGAGCACGCACGCCGCCCAAGCGAUGCCACGAGAACUUCAGCAGACCGAGUAGAGAGUUGGGCGCACGCCGUCAGCUCAAGCACGGACCCAGAAGCCCCUGCUGAGCCGCCGACCGACAUGGAUGAAGACCGACAAAGUCAUUUCGACCGGCCGCUCAAGGAGGUUCGAGUAGGAGAAUCACCGAGCCGCCCCUGGGGCAUUUCCGUGCCCGUCUAUCAACAAUCCGGCAACGGAGGAGGCCAUCCUAUGUCGCCGCCCCCUGCGCCCGUGCGAAUGCCGAGUCCUGCACAGAGCACUCAAACUCCGGCGAAGCCAGCUGGAAAAUGCCCCUUUGGCCAUGGAGCUAAGCCACCUGCUUUCACCGGUCUGAACAUAUCGACUUCACCCAAUCCCCAGACUCAGAAUGCCCCAGCUCCGAACAACGCCCAGGACCAGGCGCCUUACACCCCAACAAAGGCGCCUCAUGAGCACAAUCCUGUCCAAGAGUACCGCACUUCUAUUCCGCAGCCUACCUUUAUCAACCCGGAUAUAUCGAAGGCGCCAAACGCUCAAAUGGUUUUCACAGGCCCUGUCUUUAUUGGGUAUCCAAUGGAACAGGCCAUUCAAUUUAUGAAUCAGUAUCAACAACGUUGA